AAUCUUCACACAUUGACAGAUCUGCAUUCAUCAAUGAUAGUGAACUCAAUAUUAAAUCAUUGAUUGAGAACUUGAAGAAUAUGAUAAUGAAGAAAUUAUCUAUAUUAUGUAUGACUGAGUCUUCUGUGUCUCUCUCUGCUCUCUCUGUUUCUUUCUCUGUCACUCUCUCUCAAUCUUCUACACCUGCUCUGAUGUCUGGUUCUUCUGCUUCUGCUAUCUCUGUCUCUGAGUCUGAUUCUCUCACUUCUGCUAUCUCUGCUUCUUCUGGUUCUGCUGUCUCUACUUUUAUUAUCAGCUCUUCUCAUUUCAAGAAGAUAUUGUAUAGACUUAAUGAAUCACAUUUUUCAUUCUUAGUUACUUCAGUGUCAGAGAUCAUUUUAAUUGAAGAUGAUAACACUGCUGAAACUACUCUCUUCUAUUCUCAAGCUUCUUCUAUCACUUUCUCUUCCUUCUCUGCAGAGAAGGUUAUAUACAUACUGAGUU